CCAGCGAACGACGACUUGAGACCUCACCACCAGCGAGACCUUGCCCAUUUCCACGGUUCAGUUCAUCGACAAAAUCAUUCGCAAUGGCCCCCAAGAAGUCCAAGUCUGACGCCCAGAGCAUUGGUGCCAAGCUCGCCCUUGUCAUCAAGUCCGGCAAGGUCGUCCUCGGCUACCGCAGCACCCUCAAGGCCCUCCGCUCCGGCAAGGCCAAGCUCAUCCUCAUCUCUGCCAACACUCCUCCCCUCCGCAAGUCUGAGCUUGAGUACUACUCCAUGAUGUCCAAGACUGCCGUCCACCACUACACCGGCACCAACAUUGAGCUCGGUACCGCCUGCGGUAAGCUCUUCCGCUGCUCCACCAUGGCCAUCCUUGAUGCCGGUGACUCCGACAUCCUCGCCGACCAGCAGCAGUAAAUGCUGCGUCGAGUAUUAUCUUCUCGUUCGGCAUAGGGAUACGGCGUUCAGGCUUUGAAAAUCAUGGAAAAAUGGCAUGACGGCUUGAUGAACCGAAUCUGCGGCGGUUUUCCACCGCUGUGCCUGAAUGGGCAGAGGUCUCGCCCCAGGGCAACUUUCAAUAGGCUAGUCCUUAAAAUAGAAGACGAGUCUAUCAAGAUACCCAUUGUUGUCC